AUGCUCAUAGCCUUGGACUAUCUUUCAUCGGAAGGCGUUAUCCAUCGAGACGUUAAGCCGCAGAAUAUUUUUGACAUGACUGGAUCCAGUUCCCAACCCGGAUAUCGAUUCCAACUAGACGACUUUGGACUGUGUAAUGAAGCCACGAUCGCCGUUUCGACCUCCGGCUCACCGCCUUUUAUGGCCCCGGAAGUCUCUGAAAACAAUACUCUGCAGACCCCCAAGAUACUAGACAUCCAAGGCUAUCGCAAAAACGGUUUUCGACCACCGCAAGAGAACUUAGACGCUAUUCUCCGCGUAGCCGAGACCGAGAAAAUGUGUGAUAUCAAAGAGAUGGCUAGGCUGAGACCAGAUGAGCGUGCUUUCGCAGCGCAAAUGCUUUCAAAACUUUACGAUGGCGAUGGACUCACUACCUGUGAAAAUCAGAUCUAG